UUAUGGUCUCAACAAGUCCGCACGGAAGAGAUGAUGAUGAUCUUCUCUUGUCUCUUGCGUCCUCGUGACGUGAUGUUCAGACUCAGAGCAGUGGUCCUGAUGAUGCGCAUAGAGAACCAACUGCAUUCUAGCUUAGUCCUCGUGACCUCUAAAUCAAUACGUUAUAUAUUCAAUAUUUCUUUAGCUCAAGGGUUUAUCACAUGUUAUUUAUGAAACAAACGGCGUUUAAAACGUUCAUAAAUCAUUGUAAAUUAACGGCUUUUCAGUCUUCGCCUUUUUCUAUUCCGGAAGCAGCGGGAUUUGGGGGUUGUGUCUAAAGCAGCAGCGUUAAACGUGUGGUGUCACUGUCAUAGCUCACCGAUACACACAGGGAUACUCUCUCAUCCUACCAAUAACACAAGGGGGAACAUACCUCAAAUAAACAACAACGUUUGUGCAUGAUAGCCAGCUAUUGCUCCCCAUGCAAGAUGGACGUUAGCCAUGGACUGUAGACUUCUCCGGCGGGAUUGAAGGUGAGAGCUCUGACGCUUCUCUCCUGUCUGUGUGUGUCGUGUGUGUGUGUGUUUACCUCGUCGGGCCAUUUCAUUCAUUCCUCCGUCAAUUCACCGGUGUGUCUCUGUCGCCAACAAUAACAUGAUGUGAUUGUUCUCAAUGCCUCACUCUAAUUCGGUGUUCAACUUAAGUUUCCAUAGAUUGUGUCAUAUGAACCGAUUGCCGUCUGGGUCGAGCUGGCUAACUCAAAUAUUUAUGUUCAAAGAUGCAAAAGCAACAGAUGAACUGUAACUGCAGGACAACCACCGUUGAAUGAAAUGGUUAGGAUCCUCUUUUGCUAACCACGGUGCAAAAACAUAAAGGAAAAUAACUUGUCCUAAAGAGCCUGCUGUCAGAUAAAGUAUGAUGCUGCUGGUGGUGGUGCUGCUGCUACUACUACUACUACUACUACUACUACUACUACUACUACGGCAACGACGAUAUACCUAGCCUAAUAGUACUCAGAAGAUGGGCAUAUGUGGAAGGCUGAAUCAGUCCUGUUCGUCAUGUUACUAUUCAGUGGCUAAUAUAUAGGUCACUCUGUGAUGUUCAAUAUCUGUUUUUUUAUUAAUAAUUUAAUUGAAUGGUGCUAAUGUCUUCGCAAUGGAUAAUAACCAAAAAAUGUUGGUGACAAAUGUGUAACAAUAAGAUACCCUAACGAAGAUGUAGGCUAUGCAAUAAAUAAUGUGUAUUCAUGUUAGGCCAUUUGUAAAUUCAGUGUAGUUUUCCUAAAUUUGUGUUUCCAGAACCCUGGGGCAUUCCAGCUAUAAUAUAAAGUUGAAAGCCUCGCUACUAAAAUAUAAUUCCAAUGUUGCCAAGAGGUGGAAUUAGCAUAAUAAGAGAGAACAAUUGUGAGGAUUUUAUCUGUUUCUUCUCUCUUAUCUACAGUACAGCAUGGUAAAAUUAAGCCCCAUAUGACAGUGGGGGUUAUUUAUAUGGCAGCAACGGUAAUCUGAGGCAGCAGAUACCAUGCCAGUGUUGCCCCCCCACUGAGAAAUAUGUUUGAAUAUCAUAUUUUAAAUCUGGCAGUUGAUUUUAUUUCAUCACUUAUUAACAUGUGUCAGGGAGAAAAAGUGUUUACUGUGUUACACAGGCCUGGCAUCUGGACGUGUUGGCACAUCAAAAUCACCUACUUACCUCCUUCAGUCACAUACAGACCAAAAUAACCACAGGUCUAUCUGUGCCGACCGAGUGGAGCACAUUGUAACCGUUAUCAGGGUGUGUCGGCCAUGUGCAUUUUGGUUAAAUAUAAUCAACCAGGAAUGGGACAUUUGCAGCGAUUGGACUAUCCCGUGUGACCAGUUUAUGGGGUGAAAGAUACCAGUUUAUGUAUCUGAGUUCUUUGAGUUGGCACUUGGUGGUUUGGGAACUAUUGAGUUUUUUUGAGCUUUUUUGUUUCCUAUCUCCCUGGCUUGUGUUUGGACUCCAUGGCAGUACCCACUUCCUGUCUGGCAUCAGGAAGUGGACCAGCCUGUUUUAAUCAAAGAAGGUAAACAUGGGAACAUGAGGAAGCAUACCAAAAGGCCACGUGGUGAUAACAUCCGAGGUAGGACGCGUUGGUGCGAACACAUAACAGUAAGGUUCAGGAGUAAUUCAGUCAUAUACAUAUGCCACACAGCACGGCUAAAGGCUAACGGGCAAAUAAAAACAUACAUCUCCAUUUGCAUCUUGGGGACUUUUAACUUAUUAGAUUGGUAGGCACUUUAAUCCAAAGCGAUUAACAGUACAGAUAUGUUAGCAGCUAGGGGGUUGGAGCGUCUAGCUCACUGAUGCCUACAGGUAGUUUGGGUUAGACAUUUUGUACCAAUUUUGGUUAGCAAUCAAACCCUGACCGCACUGCACUUACACUUUCCUUCACCAUGAAAACAAAGCGUCCAUCUCGGACACCAAACUCAGUUUGGUGGCGAGUCAAGAGGAGGUCAUUUCAGUAUCCAUACUGGUGUCCUUGUUUCCCUUUCUUGAUAAGCGCUUGGGAGUCAGUACAGGUGCCACAAGAACACUGUUUGCUCGCGUCUUUCUGAAGCGUUCAGAGGAUGGGCCCAGGUUCCGGCGACCUGUGGAGAUGUCUCUUGGUCGGCUACUGCGGCGCGCCUCCUCCAAGGCCUCCGACCUCCUGACCUUUAACCCCGGCGCCGGGGGCUCGUCGGCGCGCUCAGGCCUGGACGGGGAAAUCAUCUUCUCCAAAAACAACGUCUGUGUGCACCCCGCCGAGCCGCUGCCCGGGCUCGGAGAACACCAUCCAGGCUACCUGUGCGUGCACGUGGAGAAGGACGACAGCCUGGGCACCACGCUCAUCCUGACCUGGGUGCCCAACUGCCGCAUCCAGCGACAGGACGAGGAGGCCCUCCGCUACAUCACCCCGGAGAGCUCCCCCGUGCGCCGAAACGCCCGUCACCGGGGCCGAAGGCCUCGCUCACGCCCCCCCACGGCCCAGGAGGAGGACGUGGUGGUAGACGAGGACAGGAGCGUCACCAGGCCGGUCCCCACCACCAGCACCACCAGCGACGGCCAGAGGCUCCCAGUGGCGGGGGAGGCCGGUGGGGAGCCCUCUCCGACCCGGCACCAGGCCUCGUCCCUGGGGACGGGGGACGAGGGAGACGAGCUUUCGGAUGAGGUGAGCCGGGACAGCACCAUGGGCUCGGACUCGGACACCUUCUCCUCGCCCUUCUGCCUGUCGCCCGUCAGCGAGGCUCUCUGCGAGAGCAGCGGCUCCGUCUUCCUGGACAACGAAAGCAGGGAGAUGUGCGACGAAUCCAUGACCCCCUCAGUAAGCUCCGCCUCCAGCCUGGACAGCCACGCCCCUUCCGAGUGCAGCAGCCAAUCGCAGGGCAUGCGCUGGGAGGAGCAGCAGAAGGCCCUGGCGCUGGAGCAGCUGUGCGGCGUGUUCCGGGUGGACCUGGGUCACAUGCGAUCCCUUCGACUCUUCUUCAGCGAUGAGGCGUGCACCAGUGGGCAGCUGGUGAUCGCCAGCAGAGAGAGCCAGUACAAGAUCCUCCACUUCCACCACGCCGGCCUGGACAAGCUGGCCGAGGUCUUCCACCAGUGGAAGUGCUGCAGGGAGACCCAGCUCAAAGACCAGGUGGUGGAUGAGAAGUCCUGCAUGCAGUUCUCCAUCCGCAGGCCGGUGCUGCCGUCGGCAGAGAGCCACCCGGAGGAGCGGCUUUACCGCCGGCUGGAGGUCAACACCUGGCUGAGGCACUUCAACCGCAACGGACAGGUGGAGGAGGAGUACAAGCUGCGCAAGGCCAUCUUCUUCGGUGGUAUCGACCCGUCCAUCAGAGGCGAGGUGUGGCCCUUCCUGCUCGGCUACUACAGCUGUGACUCCUCUUCCGAGCAACGUGAGGCCUGGAGGCUGCAGAAGCGCACGCACUACCACGACGUGCAACAGCGCAGGUUGUCCAUGACCCCUGAGGAGCACAGCGAGUUCUGGAGGAAGGUCCAGUUCACGGUGGACAAGGACGUGGUGAGGACGGACCGCAGCAACCUCUUCUUCAGAGGGGAGAACAACCCCAAUGUGGAGAUCAUGAGGCGGACCCUGCUGAACUACGCCGUGUUUAACCCGGACAUGGGCUACUGCCAGGGCAUGUCUGACCUGGUGGCCCCCCUGCUGACGGAGGUCCAGGACGAGAGCGACACCUUCUGGUGCUUUGUGGGCCUGAUGGAGAACACCAUCUUCAUCAGCUCGCCCCGCGACGAGGACAUGGAGCGCCAGCUGAUGUACCUGCGGGAGCUGCUGCGUCUGAUGCUGCCGCCGUUCCACCAGCACCUCACCCAGCUGGGGGAGGACGGCCUGCAGCUGCUCUUCUGCCACCGCUGGGUGCUGCUCUGCUUCAAGAGGGAGUUCCCCGACAACGACGCCCUGCGCAUGUGGGAGGCCUGCUGGGCCCACUACCAGACGGACUACUUCCACCUGUUUCUGUGUGUGGCCAUCAUCGUGCUGUAUGGCGAGGAUGUGACCGAACAGCAGCUAGCCACCGACCAAAUGCUGCUUCACUUCAGCAACCUGUCCAUGCACAUGAAUGGAGAGCUGGUGCUACGGAAGGCUCGCAGUCUGCUCUACCAGUUCCGCCUCCUACCCAGAAUCCCUUGCAGCCUCCACGACCUGUGUAAGCUGUGCGGGCCGGGCAUGUGGGACAGCCGCUACAUCCCCACCGUGGAGUGUUCCGGGGAGCACCCAGACUCCCAGAGCUGCCCCUAUGGAGGCACCCCCGUCCCCCAGCCCUGCUCGCCCUCCCCCGCCUCCACCCCCAACCCCACGACCACCCCCUCCCCCGAGGGCAAGAGGGGCUCAAAGGCCAGGGACAUUUUCACCUUCCGCAAGUCUUAAAGCGGCGUGGGACGUACAGAGGAAGGUGACCAGGGGGUUUCAAUGGCCUCCGGCUGCUUGGUCGCUCGCCAUUACUGUUGGCAUCGGCCGAGCAUAGUGCAGGGAUCCCCCUCCUCAGUCUCUCCUCCUCCGAAUGCCGCCGCCGCCAUUUUGGUACAGCGCCCGGUUCAGGACUUCCUCUUCACUGCCUUACUGGAAAUGGAUUCAACAAGAUGCUCACUACGGCGCGAGACCAACCCCCUAAUGGGUGGGGCGCUGUAAACUGAGGAAGGGAGGCCAGGGAAGCUCUUUUCUAUUGGUCGAGCUAAAAGCUGACAAUCAUCGGCGUCGCCGGUCCACAGGAACUCCAGGUUGCACCCUGCUGCUCACUGGGGCUGAUGCCAGAGGCUUUACGGGAAGGAGUCACGUUGAAGACCGGAAUGAAUCUGUACGGACCGGUUGUUGUUUUUUGAUCUUGAACAAAUAUGUCACUGGUUGGGAUCACACAAGGUGUGGAAUGUCAGUGUGAAUAAGGAAAAUAUGUUAUGCCUAUCUGAAGUCAGUGCAAGGCAAAUGCCUUUCUCUCAAUGUGAAACCCAAUCCUCCAAAAGCUAGAAGGGUGAACUCACAAAGAAGAUUACAAAGAAUUAUCCGUUGCUUUUCUCUCGCAACUGUGUAUUUGCAUUUCAAGCAGUUAUUACAAAUAUUUAGCAAUAUGAUAAAGAUAUAUCCUUGCAUGAGCAAUUCUUUAAAAAGAAAACUAUAUACAACAAUAAUGUGUUAACACAAAACAAAACACUUCCUUUAGGGUAGGGGCUCAACAUAUUUUCCCAAAUCAGAUUAUUGUAAAAAUAAACUACGACAGACCUCAUAGUCAUAAUUUCUCUCUGCUUUAAAUACCCCGCCCACUGGCAUCAGGUAGGAGGAGGA